UGAAGUCUUUUCAAAAUCCCAGACUAUUUCACUUCCCAAAGUACAGUGGCAACAGUAAAGUAAUAAAGGUUUUCCUUCUUUACGACUUUGGUGAGGUGUCUAUGCUCGUCAUGUCUCCAUUUUGCUGAGUUGCGAGAGGAAAGGGUGGACGCCUGAGAACGAAUAUCCUAGCCUAUUACUUGUAUUAGAGUUAUUAUCAUGGACGACGUAGGACAGCUGAAAGAAGUGAACAGGAGCGAGUUGCUCAUGAUUCUUGACCAGGUCCGAGGGGAGAAAGAUCUGGUCAUUGAUCCGAAUCUGAUGACAAUCCUCAAUCAUUUCACCACUGCACAGUUUCUCAAGAAAAAUGGAAUUGGUAAGAUGUAUCGGCUGGAGAACACACACUUGGACUCCUCUGCGAAAAGUCGUGUGUAUCUGAUGCGAGCGUAUCCAUCGUUGAUAUCGUCGAUGAUCUAUCAAAUCCUUGAGGACCGUAAACGGAGGGUCAGAUGCAAUUACCACCUGGUGGCUGUUCCGCAAAUGACACACGCUUGCAGUGCUUUGCUGGAGCAACACGGUCUAUUCGGAGAUGUGCAGAUCUCGGGCUGGCCACUGGAUCUGUUACCUCUUGACAAGGAUCUGCUAUCUCUAGAGCUGCCAUCCAUCUUUACUGACCUCUAUCUGGCUGGUGAUCAGCAUGGCAUACGCAUUGUUGCACAGUCUCUGAUAACUCUGCAGUCCUUGUACGGCACCAUUCCCACCAUCCACGGUCUCGGACGAUACUCUGCUAUGGUGAGAGAUUUGUUCCAAUUGCUGUCAGCUGAUCAGGAAACUGGAGCUACAGUUGCCAUAGAAGGAGAACCGCGCAUUGAGCAACUAAUCCUCUUUGACAGAAGUUGUGAUAGCGUGACACCUCUCUGCUCACCUACAACCUACGAAGGUCUGCUUGACGAUGUCUUCGGAAUUAAAAACGGGUUUGUUGAAUUUGACAAGCUUGUGACUGGCAAGGACCAAAAAAUCAAGCUCCUGCUCAACUCUUCAGAUUCGGUGUAUGCGGAGAUUCGCAGUCGUCACUUUACAGCCGUACAUUCUCACCUCAGCGGUCUUGCUAAGCAACUGCAGACGGGAUAUGAUCGACGGCACGAUAUGACGACGGUGCAAGAAAUGAAGGCGUUUGUGACGGACCUGAGUGGCAUGAAGCAACAGCAUCGCUCUCUUGCUACCCAUGUCGGUGCGUGUGAGGUGAUCAACAAGAAGAAGCGCGCCAGCUUCUUGCAAAAGCAGCUGCAGAUUGAGCACGCCACACUGGAGGGUCUCGACGAGAGGGAAUGCUUGGAGCUGAUAGAGGAGCUGAUCAAUCGGCAAGUGUCUGUGACCACGCCACUUCGGCUGUUGUGCUUGCAGUCGCUAACGUCCGGUGGACUGAAGCCUAAAACCUAUCAGUUGUUGAAGACACAGUUUCUCCAGGCCUAUGGCUACGACCAUAUCGUCACACUCAGUCGACUGGAGGAGAUGGGCUGGCUGAAGGAACAGUCGGAUAAACAAGUACCGGUGUUCCGAACGGCAACCAAACGUCUCAAGCUGAUACCCCGCGACAGCGAGGGCUACGACUUGAGCAAGCCGCCGGACACUGCGUACGUGUUUGGUGGUGCGUACUGCCCACUGUCCUGUCAUCUAGCACAGCAUGCAAUGCAGAACGGUGGGUGGCAAGGCAUUGAAGACUUCUGUCAGUUGUUGACAAAAGACGUGUUCACAAUAUCACAGGUCGCUUCACAACGAAAAGCAGGUGUAGGAAGAAGUAUCACCGUUGUCUACUUCAUCGGCGGCUGCACCUUCUCUGAGGUGAAUGCACUUCGCUUCAUUGCACAGCAGACAGGUAAGCAAAUCCUCGUCGCCACCACCAAUCUCUGCCAGGGUACUACCAUGCUUCAGGACAUAAUCAAAUACACAUGAUCCAUUCUACGCAAGGUCUUGCCCGACAUCAUGAAAUUCGCAUAAUACAUUCUACGCAAGAUCUUGCCCGACAUCAUGAAAUUCACAUGAUACAUUCUACGCAAGAUCUUGCCCGACAUCAUGAAAUUCACAUGAUACUUGCUUUCUACAGUGUCCUGCUGACAGUCACCUUGACUCGAUGUACAUCACCGCUCAGCCACCAAAUGCUUUGGCCUUGAAAUGGAAACUCUUUAGUAGGAAUCGUUGUGACCACUUCCUUGCCUAUAAGGCCCUGCCACAGUCAGUCAGAUACCAAUAGCCGUUGCAGCUGGUUGCUAUUUCCGAUUGUCGUGUACUUUGAUAUUGAGGAGAUACUGCCACACGAUACGAUGCGUUUAGCCUGCAGGAUCCAUUGGGAACCGACGAACUUUGAUAUCGCUUCCAUCAAAGAAUGAGAGUUUUUGCCACUCUAUAUCAAGGACUGGCUGACCAGUACAUGCAAUUGAUGAGGCGAUUCUCUCUGCCCAUGCUUCUUCAUGAUUUUUACCCUUUUUUAAAUUACUACCUUGACACACUUGCACCAACACCUGAUUUCAAUUGGUUUGUUUUUAAAAAGUCUGCCGGUUUCCGCUUCAUGUACCUUCUUAUUUGCAAUCUUGUACCCGUAGGGCCUGGAGCUCAGCACUCACACACUACCCGUAGGGCCUGGAGCUCAGCACUCACACACAUGUUAUUUUUAAUUCAAUUGCUUGUUAAUCCAGUUUAGCUGGCUGGUUUUAGUCAGGUGUUGGCACUGGUUUGCUACUCACUACUUAUCGCUUGCCAUCACACGUGUAGAUCUGCACACACAGCAUUGCCUUGUACUAGUUGUAGGUAGUUUUGAAAUGUACAAAUGUAGCCUUUUUGUAGAAUUCAGUGGAUUUGA